CAAAUCAUAAAGUUGCUUCCUUAAGGGAAAAUUGAAACGUUAAUAUUAUAAAAAAAAAUUAAAAAAUAAUAUUAAAUAAUAAAUAAUUUUAUAUAGAAUAAAAUGAAAUUAUUAUUUGUAUUAGCGUUAUGUCUAGGAUUAACCCUAGCCGAUGUUUCCGACCCUCAACAUAGGCGGGGAUACAGGUAUAACCAAAUUCACUUUGAACAACACAAACAAACUAUUGAUGAAGCUAAAAAAGAAUUGGAACAAAAUUUAGGCUCUAAUGUAGAUGUAGAUUUUCAAAAAAAUGUUGGAACUGGUAAUUGUGUAACAACUUGCGGAGGAGGAGCCACAACUAUUGAAUUAGGAGCUGAAAAUUUUGAUACUCAAUUUGGUGGAGCUCUUGGUACAUUUGGUAUUACUGGAGCAAGUGGUAGCGAUAUUGAAUCAGCAAGCCAUCAUACAUCAUCACAUGGAGUAGCUCCAAUUUCAGUAUCAUCAUCAGCAGGAUCUGAACAUUUUGAAUCAGCAUCUAGUAGUCGUCAAACAAGUCAACCAGUUUAUAUUCCAAUUUCAACUGGAGGCGGUUCAGAAAGCAGUUACAGCCAUCAAAGCCAAAAAGUUAUAACACAACAAGCUCAACCUGUCUACAUUCAACCAUCUGGUGGCUCUGAAAGUAGCUAUAGUCAUCAAAGUCAAAAAGUAAUAACACAACAAGCUCAACCUGUUUUCAUUCAACCAUCUGGAGGUUCUGAAAGUAGUUACAGUCAUCAAAGUCAAAAGGUUAUAACACAGCAAGCACAACCAGUUUAUAUUCAACCAUCUGGUGGUUCUGAAAGUAGCUAUCAUCAUCGUAGUGAAAAAGUAAUUACAUCACAAGCAGCACCAGUUGUUAUUCCACAAGCAUCUUCCGGUGGAUCAUCAAGUUCGUAUCAUCAUAGCAGUCAAAGAAUAAUUAAACCUUCCACAUUUUAUGUUCAACCAACUGGAGGUACAUCAGAAUUUUCACAACAUUAUGAAAAGAAAAUCGAAGCACAACAACCAAUACCGAUUCAAUAUAGUCCAAGUGGAUCAGAAUCAUAUCAUCAUGCUACUCAUAAGAAAAUAGUUCAGUCAGUUCAACCACAAGUAAUUGUUCAACCAACUGUUGGAGGUUCCGAAAGUUAUGUACAUGAAGAAAGCCGUAAAGUUGAACAACAAGCUGUUCCUACAUUUACAUAUACACCAAGUUAUGGUGGUGGCAGCUCAUCAUAUAAUUUCCAUUCUGAAAAAGUAAUAAAAGCAACACCAACAUUGGCUACAAUAAUUGCGCCAUCUGGUGGUUCAGAAAGUUAUCAUCAUGAAUCACGCGUCUCAAAAAUUCAACAAGCCCAACCACAAAUAACAUACGUUGCACCAUCUGGUGGAUCAGAAUUUAGCAGCCAUUAUUCAAAAAAAGUAACAAGCAAUGCAGCACAACCAAUUGUUUAUCAACCAGCUGGUGGCAGUUCAUCAUCACAUUCAUCAUAUUCACAUUCAGCAAAUAGUGGUAGUUUUGGUAGCAGUCCACUUAUAAUUGGCGGAGCUGGUGGUUUAGGUGGAUCAAGCUCACAUUUUGAAAGUAGUCGAUUAACAAGUGGUGGUAGUGGAGGUUUUGGAUCUACUGGCAUUUUGGGUUCAACUGGUUUUGGUAGCUCAGGUUCUGAAUUUUCUAGUCAAUUUGGAUCAUCCUUCGGUAGUCAUGGUUUUGGUUCAUCUGGAUUUGGUCAUUCCGAUUUACACCAAUACAUGUCAGAAUCUGAACGCUUAGCUAGAUUACAAGCACAACAGGCUGGUGUUGGCGGUUUAACAACUGGUAGUUCACAAUUUGGUUCAGGAUUCGGUUCAUCAAGUGAUAUUGCCCUAGGUAGUGGUGUUAGCGGUGGUGUUAGUGGUGGUGCUGCUGGUGGAAGUGGUUUUAAAAGUAAAUCAUGGGAAAAGAGUUCAAAAUGGUCUUCAGGAACUGAGUAUGGAAGUGAUGGUAAACCAAAACAAUAUAAUUUAAUUUCAACAGCUGAAGGAGAACAUGUCAAUGUUAAUGGAAAAGAAGCUGGUUAUAAAGCAGCCACAACAACUGUCGAUGAAGAUGGAAAAGUUUCAACAUACAGCAUUCAUACAUAAAGUUUAUUUUGAAAGCACUUUAGUGUGGUGUUCAUUAAAAUUUAAGAUAUAAUUUUAAGUGUUUUGUUUAUAUAGUAAAAGUUUUGUCUAAAUUAAUAAUUAA